AUGACAAAUGGCUUUCUGUCAGAGCAAUACGGUAAAUCUGAUGAUGACCAGCUGUCCGCUCGCGAUCUGACCUGGUCAUGCGCCGCAUUGUUGACAGCUAAGAUGCGCCGAAACUCCGUGGUUCCUGCCCCUUGGGGUGAGACCAGCGCCAGCAGUGUACCAGCAACCUGUGUUUCGAGCUCUGCAACAGGCUUAUAUAGCACAGCCACAGAUACGGCGUGGCCGGCUACGUUGACCGGCGGCAGUAGCGAAAGUACUACUACUACUUCUUCGCCUGGCUCUACCACAACCGGAAUUACAUUCGACCUUACCGCGACGACAGAGUAUGGUCAGAACAUGUUCAUUUCUGGCUCCAUCUGCGCGCUCGGUGACUGGGAUACAGAUGAUGCGAUAGCAUUGAGUGCAGACGACUAUACUGACUCAGAUCAUCUUUGGCUUGUCACUAUUGGUCUGACCGCGGGCGAGUUUUUUAAAUAUAAGUAUAUCUUCGUCGAGAGUGAUGGCACUGUGGUCUGGGCGGAUAGUGAUAACGAACCAGACACCGUUCCUGCAGCUUGUGGAGAGACGACUGCCACAGUUGACGAUACCUGGGAUAGUUGA